AUGCAGCAGGACUCAUCCCUCAGCCCCGCGAAGAGGCCGAGCCUCGGUCCCCACCGUGCACCACCCGGCGCCACCUGCUGGAGGGAGCCGCGACGCCGAGCUCCGCAGCCGGCCGGGCUCCCUCCUCUGGCCCCGCGCCUCCUGCUCCCGUCCCCGCCUCCGGGAUGCCCGCCCGCGUCCCGGCCCUUGGAGCUGGCGGGGCGCUCCAGGCCGCGAGACCGCGGGGAGGCGGCGCUGAGGCCGGCGUCCCCGCCUCCUCACGCAGGACUGCGGGAGCAAGUGGAAGGCCCAGGCGCCGGCGACACGCGGGACUCGCCAACCGGCCCGACCGCUCGGGGCGGGGCGAAGGUACCUGUGCAGGACGGAGGGCGAAGAGCCAGCGGCCCGCAGCCUCCGCCUCAGGGAUCUACCUCAGGCGGUUGCGCGCUGGUCGCUAGCAGCAGGCCGCAAAACCCGCCUAGGGACCUUAAGCUGCGGGCCGGGGGCACGCGGCCGCCGGAGCCAAUCAGAGCACGGGAACGGCCGGGGGCGGGGCCGGCGCUGUCGCCCCGCCCCCGCGCCGAGCUUGGCGCCCCCCGCCUCCUGCCGUUAUUCCGCUCUAGCUUUCCCGACCUUCUAGGUGCGAUCGCGCUUUCCCGCGAACGCUGUCCGAAGGGAGCGGUUGAGGAGCCCCGUACUGGAAGAGGAGACAGGGUUGCCCGGCAGGCCCGGGGCUGUCCGACGUUCCCUCUCCCUGCCUCUCUACAAGCGCCUUGGACCUAG